CCCCUCUCUCCCCCACUCACCCAAUCAUUCACUCACCCCUCCUUCACGAUAGCGAGAUGGAGGGCGGGGUGUGGGGUCUAGUGACCAUCUUGUCCGCCUUCAUGAUCCAAGUGCUGACGUUCGGAACCACGGCGAGUAUCGGAGUGUACAAUGUGGAGCUCCUCAGUUUCUUUCCCGGAUCCACUGUGGGCGUGUCUCUCAUUGGCUCAAUCAACCUGGGCCUCUAUAUGGGGUCAGGUCCAAUUGUGAGUUUCCUGAUGACCAAGUUCAGCCACCGACGUAUAGCGCUGUGUGGCUCAGGGCUGGUGGUGGUAGGGCUGCUGGGCAUGCCUCUGUUGCCUUACAUACCCACCAUGUGUCUCUCCUUCGGCGUGCUGGCAGUACGGUUGCGGUUGUAUUCCAGCUGGAAAGGCUCAUUCAUCGUUGUGGCCGGCCUCAACCUGCAUCUCUUCAUCUGUGCGGCGCUGCUGCAUGAGCCGCCUGUCACUCCCGUGCCCACUCACUGCUCACGUCAUCAGGUCAAGGAACUCAAGGACACCUCACUCACCGACUCUCACGACUACAGCAAAGUCGUAAUCCGCAAGAACAGAGCCUGCCUGCACGAAGACAUCACGGAGCUAGCAGAAAUGAAGGCUGUCUCUUCACGAGACAGUAACUAUGACAGCUUCGGCGUGGAUCUCAGUCAGCUGGACUAUAUCGACAAACUGAGCAUGCGCACUGACAAGAGUUCCGUUGACAACUUCUCUCACAAGAUGGCGCAUUCCGGAAGUAGCUUCUCUCACAAACUGAGACACUCGACAAGUCUCAGCUGCCAAGACAACGUUCGACGAGACUCUCAUUGCAACACUCGCAAGAUCUCAACUGAUGACGAGAACCUUCAUCUCAUAGACGAAAAAUCUGUCAACUUUUUAGGUAUUCUCUACUCUUCCUUAUCAGACAGCUCCCUGUUCGCUGUAGGGUCCAGGGGUUCGAGUAUCAUCGUCUUAGACAAUCACGUCACAUCGUUACAAUCUAGUUACAUCCAGGACGCCAUCAAGUCAAUCCCCGAGGCUGGGGAAGACACGCCGGAGCACACCACCCCUCAACCGCCUCGUUCCUCCCGACACGUGUACAUAUUCACGAACUACGGCUUCAACAUCUACUUCCUCAGCAACAUUCUAUGGAACGCCGGGUACGCCAUAAUCCAAGCCUUCGCCCCGGAAUUUCUCCGCGAGAAGGGUCUCACUCUUAUGGAAGCGGCAUGGCUUAGUGGCGCCUUCGGCCUCGCUUGCUUCAUCGGUGGGGUUCUGGGAGGGGUAUUCGGCAACCUCAAGUGCGUCAGUCGCCACGGAUUGUACACAGCGGCGAAUAUCGUGAUGGGCGUGGUCACCAUCGCCUUCCCGAGCAUCCAGAGGUUCGCUGUGUACACAUCCUGUCUGGUUCUGGCGGGCUUUGCGUUCGGCAUCGUCCUCGGCCUCCUGCUGGUGUUGCUGACAGACAUCAUUGGUGUGGAGAGUCUGGGCAACGGCCUGGGGUAUCUCAUGUUGUCCAACGGUCUCGGAACCUUCACAGGGCCUCCAGUCGCCAGUAAGUAAUGGGCUAUUCCACGGUAACUGACGGGACGUUUGGACUAUACUUUAUUGCAAUGAUAACACUGUCGUUAAAUAUCAGUUAAUAUGUUAAAAUUUCAACUUUAAAUGAUCAAAACAUUCGAAAGACAUUAAGAAUCAAAAUC